AUGACAGAUGGUGAAAGCUUAGAUAGCUAUUUGGCUAGAUUCUUUGGAACUGUGAAUAAUCUGAAAUCACUUGGUGAAGAUGUGUCUGAAACAAGAAUUGUGCAAAAACUUUUGAUGAGUCUAAGUAGAAGAUAUAAGUCCAUUGUGUCUAUUAUUGAAGAAACUCGAGACCUUGAUGUUCUUAGAGUUGAAGAGGUCAUUGCCUCUGUCAAAGUCUAUGAUAAAAGGGAGGACUUGCAUGAUGAAAGAGAUAAAUUGGCUGGAACUAAGAGAGCUUUUAGCAGCCUCAAGGUUGGAAAUAACCAAGUCCAUGACACAAAGGCAAACCUAGAUGUGGAAAAUGCAAUCGAUUUGGUCAUACUACAAAGGAUUGUGAUAGUCAUAGUCACAAACAAGUAG